AUGCUUGUUACUACAGGAGCAAUCAUGUCGAUCAACUUGACUAUCACACUGCCACUCCAGGUGAUCUCGGCAAUUGGCAAAGGCGAUGGACCCAAUCCUGGGGAGAUUGACCCGAAAAUGCAGCAAAUCAUCAACUAUGCGAUGAAAGAUGCCAUUAAAGGCCUACCAUACAGUAUCACAGCUCUGGCAUCAGUGCCAUCACCUGUCUCAUCACCAAGUACACCAAGCUUCCCAUCCUUCGUUCCACCAUGCUUCGACCCUUCGGCACAAGCUCCAGCAGGUGGACGUGACUCGCCACUCUCGAUGUACCCCACGACACCCGAUGCCACCACGCCAAUGCAGAAGCCCGUCCCCAACAUCCCGCUCCCAGAUCUACCAGAAGUUGAUGACGCAGACUUCAUUCUAGGAUUCCGUGACCUGGCAGACCGAAGCCAAAAGAUGAAAGUCGAGAGCACGUUACCGAUUCGAGAAGUCAUGUGUAGACUCCUCGAGGAGCUGGACGUCUGGCAGCACGGUCUUAUCCUCCUCUACUCAGGACGAGUGCUAUCACCAAAACUCAGCGUCAACUCCUGCGGCUUGAAAGAAGGUGAUGAACUAUCUCUCAUCCUCGACACCUCAGACUCACUCCGGCACGAGAUUAGGACGGAACAUCGGGACCGCCCUGCCAGUGUGGACUUCACGAAUUCGAAGAGUGACGGCUUUACGUUUGCGGUCAAGAAGCCGGAGGGCUUUUCGCUAGUGCAGGCUUAUGCGAGGACGCCUAUCGCGGAGAUUGCGCUGUAUUUCCAGAAACGGGAUGGGUUGCAGUUGGGGACGCAGCGGUGGGUUUGUAAUGGGGAGUUGAUAUUCGAUGGGAGGGAGGUAUUGAUGGGGGAGGGGCGGAGGAGGGGUUUGGGGAUGGUGAACAUAUCUCAGGGAUCUGUGGUAAGACUUGUGGUGGCUGUGGACCAUCCCUUUUCUGGGUGGAAGUACUCAUGA